AUAGGUCGGAAACAGUCACGAAUCGCCUGCAGCCGUGCCGUGCGAGGGGCCCCUGCAGUGAGCAACACACCUUACUGAGACAUGGAGCUGAAGGUUGUGCUGCUGCUUAUCACUGCGCUGUACUGUCACACAGAUGCGGCACCGACAUAUGAAGACAUGACUAAAGAUGCUGUGUCAUCGUGCCAGAAAUCAUCAGGAAUAUCUGAUGCUGAGGCGCAGGAACUCGAGAAAACCAAGAUAGUGAUGGACGAGUCAAAGGAUUCACAGAAGUGCUUCGUCGCCUGUCUGAUUUCCAAGCAGAAUAUUAUGACGGGAGGCAAGCUGAAUGUGGACUUCUUGGUGAUGGUUAUGAAAAUUUCGAGGCCAGAGAACGGAAAGAAGUUUGAUGAGCAAGAGGAAGUGAAGUACCGGAAGGAGGUUGGCGACUGCAAUGAACGGAGCGGGGGGAGUAAGUGUGCAGCUCCUUACAAUAAGUGGAAGUGCUUCGUCCAGGUGUCCUUAUUGAUGAUGCUUGCUAAUGAUGCGAAAGAGAACUGAUAGACGCUGUCUGUGAGCAGUCAGUCGAGAGGCAACACAGCGCAAUCACACGAAACACACAGAGAACCAGAAUUCAAAAUAAUUUCUAAUACCCUGGUAACUUCAAUAAUUUGGUUACUAUGGGUUGCAUCAUCCAUAUAUUAUAUACAAAUCUGCAUAGGGUACAAAAAUUAUACUGUAACCAUAUUUCAAGAAUGAUGCUUUAGUUGUGUUAGGUCACAACAUUUAAUUGUUAGCACGUUAGAUGCUUACAAAUUGUGUGAUGAAAUUAAUUAUCAACAAUAAAGUCGUGAUCUGUGAAUA